UUUCGGGAUUUCGCCUAGUUUCAGAGUUAAUGCCAAUUUAAAAAAACUUCUUAUUGUAAUUUAGUGCAAAACGUCUUUUUAAUGGCGAUGAUGCCCUUAUAUCUAAAUAUCCUUAUUGAUAGAUGUCAAAAAGUGACAAGUAACCUUUACAAAAAAAAAAAACAUGUGAAUAUUCAUUUUCAGUGCCAGUUUUACCAUGAAAUUAACUUUUUAUGUACUUACAAUAACAUUAAAAAAUAUGUUUUUUUUUUUUUUUGCAAAAUUUACAUAAACUCAUAAACAUUUUUCCUUCUUUUGGCCUCAGAAGCGGGUUCCACGUGUUACACUGUGUGUACUUCAUGUGUAUUGUUUUGUGUAUACUCGUGUACUUAGGUUUUUUUUUUAGAUACUAUACCAGUUCAUCAGUAUGUUUUUCAACGCUCUGUUUUACGUGGAGGUCUCGACAUCUAAAAUGUUUGAUCAGCAAGAAGACAAAAUUCUACGUCAAGUGACGAUCUUUGCAUGGAAUUUAAAGGGCGCCCUAACCCUAGCCAUCCUGAGCGCUUCUUGCGAGCGGUUUUACCGAAACGUGCGAGUUAGCGAGCUAGUGUGCGCGAGAGCGAUGACACUCGAUGGCUCAACGAGGGCUUAUGAGGAAAUGCGCAGAACAUGUAAGAACGUGGUGCGCUGCAACCGCUCUGUGUUCCAACGGCUGUCCGUGUUCGGCGCCUGCGUCGUGGACGCGAACACGCCGCUCCGUUUGCUGCUCAUAGUCGGCUCUUACACCGUGGUGUUGCUGCAAUUUUCUCUGUCCUCUAAUAUGUGACUUCGUGAUCAGUUUAGCACUUAGCAGAAUAGAUAAUGGUGCUACGCACAGAACAGUCACUGUUUGACAAGACCGAAAGGUCACGAAUUACCUUGUCCUUUUCUUGCCAGUUUGCUCUCUGUCUGUCGUCGAAUCCCAUUUCAUCCACCCUGCUAAUAAAGAAAGCUCCUAGAUAAUUCUUCUUUUAUUUAACGAAAACCGCGAAUUUUCAGAAAACCGCACCCAAAUAACACUAGACCCUACUCAUAGUGUU